AGCAUUGGCAGCGACCGGUGGUGUCGACACGGAGCAGCGUCCUGACAAAACCUCUCUCAUGUGCGCUCCCAUAUGACGGAUCUCAACUGAACUGUCAGGAUGGAGGUGAAAGGAAACGCGGGCAGUGAUUUCGAUGGUGAAUUCGAGACGCCAAUUUAUCAAGAGGACUUGCACGACGAGGAAGAGUAUCCCCCUCACCUCAACUCCAAUAAAAAGAGGCAACAAGUGUCUAUGUUCAACAUGGCACCUGGAAGACACGACAGACUGGCUGUACUGAGCCUGGCGAUACUCGCUGCUGUUCUACUGAUAGUUGAUAUCAGCCUUGGAGUGCACUACAGCAAACUUACAGAUACCCACCUCACAACUGAUGAUGUGGAACGCAUUGAAAACGAGUUGAACAAACUGCAAGACACUUACACGACUGCGAUCAAGACCAUGACGGACGCCAGGCAUCAGCUGGACAAUGAGAUGAGUCGUCAGACACCCACCAACUGGGAGCUUGAACACCAGCAAAGAAUUAAAAGUGGCUAUGAAGAAGAGAUUGAUGAAAUGACAGUGGCCAUUGCAUCAAUGAAAUCCCAGUUACCAGUCCUUCGUGAUAGCUGCAGAUACUGUCCAAUGGGAUGGGUCUUCAUUAACUCAGCAUGUUAUUACUUUUCUUCCUCCAACCGUGAUGGAACCAGAACCUGGCAAAAAGCCAGAGAGUUCUGCCAGGACGAUGGCGGUGAUCUUGUGAUCUUAGACAGCAAAGACAAAGAGAACUCAACUGUAAAUGCCCUGCGAAAUCCUGUUCGAGGCUUUCCAUCCUCCGAUGGUUUCUGGAUCGGACUGAAGCUUAUCCAUAGGGAAAGGACUUGGAAAUGGGGGGAUGGAACAUCAAUGGCUGAAGGGUACUGGGAUGAUUCGGAGCCAACUGAUUCCAGCGGUGACGACUGUGCAGAUGUGUAUCCCAGAGAAAACUUCUUCAAGGCUUGGAGAAGCGGUGGAUGUGGAAAUGGACGGAGAUGGAUUUGCGAAAAAGCACCAACCGCUGUGAAUUAAAAGUGUGUUUGUGUUGCGCUGGCAUGCAAGCUCAAAUGUUUGCAUAAAAGGUUAACUCCACUUUACUGACUUUUAGACAUCUCCUAUCUCUGUUACAGUCUUUAUCAAAUCACUGCUUUGGUCAUGCACAAUGAUUGAAGUACCCAGGGCCCCGGAGCCAAUGGGGGUCAUGACCUUAAGAUUUAUCAUCAUUAUCCCUUUUAAGGUGUUUUAAGGUGUAAAGGUUAUUUUGAAACCGUUACGUGGUUAUGAAAUUGUUUCAAUGUUUUGUAAAUCAUGUGAUGUCACAACAUAUCAUGGCCUAAAUUGUGUGAAGAUUGUAUCUGACGCUUCUUUUCCUGUUAACAUGUCAAAAUAAUGAUUAUAAUUUUGAAGUGA